AGAUACACAACAUAUAAUUAAAACAUGCAAAAUAAAGCACUGAUCAGGCACUCGACGACCUCCAUCGAAAAGCGUCUUGCGUCCGUCGACCACGCUCGGAUCAGCCGCCACUUCGCCGAGCUCGAGGCGGCGCUGUACGCCGCGGAGAAGAAAGCAAGGGAGGCCGCACGGAUUCGAGGCGUGGCGCUGACGGGGUUGAUGACGAAGUUCAAGGAGCGGUGGGAGCAAAUGCUGCGAAGGCACGCAGACAAGGCCGCAAAGAUGGUUCUCGACGACGUGCUCCAGGCGAUGAGGAGAAAGAAGAGCAAGACCAAGGACGCGGCCGACCGGGAGGUUGGCGACGGCGAGAGGACCGCCCUGGACACGGCGAGCACCGGAGGCGUGGCCGGCAGCACCCAAGACGAGAAGCUGCUCAACCAGGCCAAGGGGACGCACUCCGUGUUCGCCGCCAGCGACGACCACGUCUACUCCGGGAGGCCCUUCGCCGCGGAGUCGACGUCACACGGCGACGCGGAGGAACAGCAGGACAAGGUUACCGAGAAGGACAAGUCCCAAUCCGACAAAGGGAUCUCCGGAGCUCCGGAGAAGGCGGGCGGCAAGAGGGAGAGGCCGGCCGAGUUCGAUGAGCCGCCCGAGCAGGAAGAUGGCCCCUUCAACCUUGAGCAAUUCUUGAAUAAGUUUUCUUGUUUAGGCAUGGAAGAUUUCGAUCUGGACGAACUCCUAGGGUCGAUGCUGAAUAUCUCAUAGUAUGCUACCGAUCGAUCCAAGCUGUGUUAAUUGCCGGUUCAGAGAUGUCGUAGAGUGAAAACACUGGGGCUGGUUGUGUCAGGCUAUGUCCUCCCAACGGAUGCUUCCUACAAUGUAUUCCUUCUGUUUUAUAAUUCUUGUCUCAAAUUUGAAUAAAAAUGUAGAUACAUGUAAUAUUUCGACAAGAAUUAUAGACGGAGGAAAUAUGUGUCUCA